GAGGGGGGGGGGGGGGAAUACAGACUGGUACACGUUUUCAUCUUCAUUUCUCAUUCGUCACGUUUAUUAUUACAGUGCAACCUCGGCCAAGAAAAUUGAUUACGAAGCACUCCAAUAUAUCUUUACCGAUAAACGUAAUUCCUCAAAAUAGACAGUGAUCGUAAUUUUGAUUUGCCUUAAAUAUACCCUUCGUCAUAUUAUAUCAGGAAAACGGGAGUCUUUGCUAAAAGAAAAACUACUGCCAAACUACUAAGUGUGAAAGAUCUAGGAAAGAUGGCGUUGGUGCAUGAUCCUAGUAUUGAUCCAGGUCAGCGGGUCCGUAGUCUAGCUGAGCAUGGAUCUAAUAUCAUAGUGGACACCAGCAUGCCAAUUAGAAGAUACUUCAGGUCAGGCCAGGAAAUGAUUAGAAUGGCAAACGUGUACUAUGAAGAGGGGAACUGGGAGAGUGCUUUCAUUUUGUAUUCUAAGUAUAUGACAAUAUUUGUAGAGAAGCUUCCGAAACAUCCUCAAUACAAAUCUGCCAGACCAGAAGAUAUCAAAUCUGCAAAGAAGAAUCUAAAGGCAGCUUUCCCCAAUGCAGAGGAGACCAAGAAGAAAUUAAGAGAGAAAUAUGCUGAGGAAUACGAGAUAUGGCAGGUUCACGAGGAGGAGAGGAGAGUUGAAGAGGCAAGACGGGAGAUGGAGGAAACCCUUAGACUGGAGGAAGAACGAGCAAAGAGGGAGCAAGAGGAUGCUGCAAGGUUGGAAGAACAGAGGAGACAGCUGGAGGAACUGGAGAGAAACACCAUCAAUCAACAACAGAAGGACUUAGAUGAUCAGAAGGCUGUCCUCCUGCAGGCCAAGACAAGGCAGGAAGCUCUGGAGAGAGAGAUCGAAGAGAGAAAGAAAGCAGAUGCAUUGAGAGAACAAGAAAGACAAGUAGAAGCAAACAGGAGAUUAGCGGGGAGUGUAGCCACACCUCUAGUAGCAGGCGGUGCAGCAGGCAUGGCCGUAGGGGUAGGGGCAGGGGGCGCGCUACCACCUCCUCCUAGCUAUGAUGCCGUUUCACAGGGGUACGGAAUCCGAUCUCAAGUUUUGCCUUCUUCACCAACCCAGCCUACAGCCCCAAGACCUAUGCCGACUGUUGACCGGUCACUUAAGAUUGACAGGACGACCAAGCCAGCCCAGAUGUUAGGCAUUGCCUCUAGUACCUCCAAUCUACAUGGUUUGAGAGAUCUUUUUAUUCCCUCAGAUACUAUGGAGAGAUUCCUAGCUCUGGCCCUUCAUAAUACACAGAGGAACCUGGAAACAUGUGGCAUUCUAGCAGGCAAACUUGCACGCGAUGCCUUCACAAUCACUCACAUCAUUGUUCCGAAGCAGACGUCAACCUCUGACUCAUGCACCGCCCUAAACGAGGAAGACAUCUUUGACGUUGUUGACAACAAUGAUCUGAUAACACUAGGCUGGAUUCAUACACACCCAUCCCAGACUGCGUUUAUGUCUAGUAUAGAUCUUCAUACACACUGUCCAUAUCAGAUCAUGAUGCCAGAAGCCAUUGCCAUCGUCUGUGCACCAAAACACCAACAAACGGGCUUCUUUUCCCUGACCCCAGACUAUGGUAUCAGUUUCAUUGCCAAUUGUAAGCAGAAGGGGUUUCAUCCGCACCCCUCACAACCCCCUAUCUAUGAAGAAGGAGCCCACUGCAAGAUCCGGAAUGACAUCCCAUCGAUAAAGAUAGUAGAUCUACGGUGAAGAUAGGAGGGCAUGAUCAUCAGAUGUUUCAUCAACAUUUUUGUCCUCUGACUUAUUUAGUCAGCACUGACAAUUUUAGUAAAAUCUGUUGUUUUGAAUGGCGGGGAAGCACUGGUUGUUACUAUGGUUACUGUCGGGGAACGAUGACUUGUCAGUGUUGACAUAUUUCAUAAAAUAGUGCAGAACUACCAAUUGCUUCCUGAUUGGGAAAUUAAGAGCUACCAUGAAAUAAGAAGCUGUUGAAUAUAUGUAAUCUCCACAUUCUGAUCACAUCACUAGUAAUGGUUUGUUUUUUAUAAUCUCUUAUACAGGUAAUGAGAGUAAUGUUGUUAAAAAAACAGUUGAAAAUCUCAACUUGUAGCCUCAUAUGUACAUGGAUGUCUCUGUUACUCAGGUCCUGCUGAGAUCUAAUUUGGGGAUAUUUCCAUGAAUAUAAAUGCACAUUAAUAUAUCUUUGACGAUGAUUACCAUAAACUGUGCAUUAUAUAACAUGGGAAUCUACCAGUAUGAACCAAUUGGUAAGUAGAUGAUCUGGUUGUAGAUAAACUAAGAUUGGACCUUGUGGGAUGAGACUAAACUGAAAAUGAAUAAUAAUAAAAAUAAUGGUGGCUAAUUUUAUAGCACACAGGUCCACCUUUCACACACACAUAUAGUUCAGCAUGUCAUGUUUAUGAACUAGCCUGGAAGUGUUCACACACAGAUAUAGUUCAGCAUGUCAUGUUUAUGAACUAGCCUGGAAGUGUUUACACACAGAUAUAGUCCAGCAUGUCACGUUUAUGAACUAGCCUGGAAGUGUUUACACACAGAUGUAGUUCAGCAUGUCAUGUUUAUGAACUAGCCUGGAACCGGUGUGUUGGCUCAGUUGGUAGAGCAUCCGUCUCACAACCGGGAGGUCAGGGGUUCAAACCCCGGCCGCGUCAGACUAAAAGACGUUAAAAGAUGGGAGUUGCCGCUACCCUGUUUGGCGUUCAACGAUUAAAGGGAUAGAGCCUCGUCGAUCUGUCGCUGCACAGCGGCUGCCGGGCCCACGAUCAAUUGGGCAAAGCAAAUUUUCAGAGUAUUUCAUUUCAUGUCUAUUUCGAACAAUAAAUUAUGGAUUUAUUCAUUUAUAAGUGUUUACACACAGGUAUAGUUCAGCAUGUCACAUUUAUGAACUAACCUGGAAGUGUUCACACACAGAUAUAGUUCAGCAUGUCAUGUUUAUGAACUAGCCUGGAAGUGUUUACACACAGAUAUACAUUAGUUCAGCAUGUCACGUUUACGAACUAGCCUUGAAGUGUUCACACACAGAUAGUUCAGCAUGUCACGUUUAUGAACUUACCUGGAUGUGUUCACACACAGAUAUAGUUCAGCAUGUCACGUUUAUGAACUAGCCUGGAAGUGUUCACACACAGAUAUAGUUCAGCAUGUCACGUUUAUGAACUAACCUGGAAGUGUUCACACACAGAUAUAGUUCAGCAUGUCACGUUUAUGAACUAGCCUGGAAGUGUUCACACACAGAUAUAGUUCAGCAUGUCACAUUUCUGAGCUAUCCCAAGAGUGUUCACACACAGGUUUUGUUCUUCAUGUCACUUAACUAUUCUGAAAGUGUUCACAAACAAAAAUAGUUUGCAUAAAUAUUACAACUGAACUCGCCUCUUCUGUUUAAUUCAUGUUGAUAAUAAUACAACUCAUGAGCUCUAUAUUCUUCAAAGUAUGAUAUGUUAUCAAUAUUUACAUCGUUUAUUUUGAGAAUUUAUAUUCAGCCUCAGAUAUAUAUGUUAUACAUAGAUAAAACUAUAAUUACUAUUUAUUAAUUCCUCUGACUUGGAUAUUUACCCAUUGUAUAUAAUAAUAACAAUAAGAGAGGAAGGUUUGAUUCCAUUUAUUAUUUACUGUACAUGUAGCUUGGUAAUUCUAUGCAAAUAUUUUGAGAAUAAAUAUAAAUAUUUCAUUCAAUCUGUGGGGUGCAUUUCAUGAAGAGUUUUUUCUGUGAUAUUUCAUGGACUAAUGUACUCUCAGCCAAUCAAGUUGGGAUCAAAUAAACUUGAUUUGCAACCAAUCAGGAGUGUCGAUUUAGGACUUACAUUUAAUAUUUGUAUGAUUGUCAUUGAUUGCAACUGUGUUUGCAACCAUGGAAAAUUUGAUUAUUUUAGCCUGCAAGAUUUUCAUCCCAAACCAGCUUUAGUAAAAAUUGAACAGAAGGUCCGGAGUUCAAAUCCCACUGCAGCACUUGCAUCCUUGACAAGUUGUGUAUCUACAUUUGCCACUACACCCAGGUUGGAAGGAAUUCCUUGAAUGUUUGAGCACCUAUAUGGGUAGCCAUGCUAAAGCCAGGGUAAUAGUAUACAAUGCUUAAAAGCAUUGUACUGCCCCCCCCCCUGAACAUGGUCAUUAAUCACGAGAGUACAAUGAAAUGCACCAUACAUGUCAUCCACAAUGUACAAUGUAACCUACUAAACUAAGUAAUUGUUCAGAAUUUUUUUCCUUUCCACGAUAUGAUGAUGAUCGUCCCUCAAAACUCACUUAUUUCAGCAGAUGUGUAGCUUAAUUGGAUGAGCCUGCGCGUAUGAAUGUUUUUAACAUAAAUAUGGAGCAAUAUAAAUGCUGUGGAUCAUCAUCAUAAUACAAUAUUAAAUUUACUUUCAUGACAUUUGUUUAAUUGUUGGACAUGUAAAAUAUAUGUGAUCACCAAACAACAGAUUUACUGUGAGAUAAAUGUAUAUAAUUCUUAGCAUUGCCUUAUUCCAUACAUUGAAAUUGAUAGCAUACAUAUUGCAUUGUAUUUUGUUACUUUUGUAAAUGACCAAUUUCCAGAUGUUUAUAUAGAUUUUAUAAACUCAUAAUAGAGAGUGAAUAUUUAAGUUGUGAAUAUAGCUAUAAUCCUAUGGCAUUAUGCUGCAACAUUCUUUUCAUCUUUAAAUAAACAUUGAUAAAAGCAUUUGAUAAAACUUCCAAUGCAUCAAUGGUACGUGCACUGUAGCUGCUAAUAACCUAUGAAAUAAAUUUUGUUCAUGUUCAGCGGAUUUCAUAUUGUGAAUUGGUAAAACAUGCUAUACAAUUUAACACAAACAGUUUCAAACUUUUGAAAUUCAUUUAUUGAUUUCAAAUAGAGACAUAAAUAAAUAUGAUACAUUAAGAGAAUAA